AUGUCAAUCCAGGGCAUCCCAAACAUGCUCAAUGGGAGUAUGCACUACCCUCCUGAGACCUCCAGCAUCAUGCUCAUGGCCAGGAUGGUGGCCACUGUCAAACAGGCCCAAGACAAAUGCUGCUGGCAGAAGUUGUUCUUUCAGUUCUGCAGCCGUGCAGCCAACGAGGAGGAGGAAAUUGCACACAAGCUGCUGGGAGAGAAGUUCCAGGGACAUUUGACCUUACUACAAACCCUGUUUACGACAGCACUUUACAAUGAUCAUCUCAAUAUGUGGUUUACACCUGAGGGAUUUCUCACCCUCUUCGCCCUUGUAGGCACCAAUGAACAGGGCAUAGGUACCAGCUCUCUCAGCCAAUGGCUUCAUGCAUGUGAUGCGUUGGAGCUGACUAGCCAGCAGAGGGAGCAAUUGGAUUCCUUCAUUGAUCAACUAUACAAGGACAUCGAAAGAGCUGAAUUUGAUUUGUCUCCGCAGACCGGUGACUUCCUGAACUGCGAGACUUCUGGGCUCUUCCUACUUCAAAGCUCAUGUAACCACAGCUGCAUACCGAAAGCGGAGGCAUCUUUCCCGAACAACAACUUCUUGCUUCACCUCAGUGCCCUUAGUGACAUCAGCCCUGGAGAGGAGAUCUGCAUCAGUUACUUGGACUGCUGUCAGUGUGACCGGAGCUGUCAUAGCAGACAGAAAAUCCUGAGAGAGAACUACCUGUUCGUCUGCUCGUGUCCAAAAUGUGAUUCUCAGAUGGAUGAGCUGGAUCUGACGUCGUCGUCGUCGGAUGACAUGGAGGAGGAGAUAACGGAUGUCUGA